AUGUCGACGGCUCAUCUGGAUUCCCAGGCAAACCUGAAGACUAUUAUUCUUGAAGGAAGCCGCUUGAUAGAGAUACGAAGACGUCUGCAAACAGGAAAAGACGAGAUUUUAAAUAAAUCUUUUGUCAUUUUGAAGAAGAAAGCUGAUGGCUGGCUCAGUCAAGGACCGUGGUCUGUUAUGGAGAAGAAAAAAGCUCCUCCAAGCGGGGAUAUGCACGACUACACCAGCCAAGCUCCAUAUUGGUGGCCAUCAUCAGGACCAGACGGGAAUCCAUACGUGCAACGAGACGGAGAGAGGAAUCCUGAAGUGCUUAAUUACUCCGAUCGUGUCAAUAUCGAAAAAGUCCUCGCCUCAACAUUGGCUCUUGGUCUUGUAUGGUUUUACUCUGGGAACGAGGCAUACGCCAAGCACGCUGCGGAUAUCAUCAGAACAUGGUUCAUCAGCCCGGAAACACGAAUGAAUCCGAACCUCAACCACGCUCAGCUUAUCCCGUUCGCUAAUACGGGCCGACACAUUGGGAUCAUCGACUUCUCACAGUGGUAUACUACGCUCCUAGACAUUGCCGUCAUUUUAAACAGUGGCAGUUUCUCAGGCGCGUCAGCAGCUAGCUGGACGGCCGAAGAUAUGGAUGGAUUCCGUGAUUGGAACAGGGAAUUCUUGAAGUGGUUGACAGAGAGCGAUUUUGGUAAAGCCGAAAGAGCGGAAAAAAACAACCAUGGCAGUUUCACUUGUAUGCUAGUGUCCGCUAUUGCACUGUUUGUUGAUAACAAGCAGCUUGUGCACAAAGAAGCGGCUAGCAUCCAGCACGAUAUUAACGAGACCAUAAACCCAGAUGGAGCUCUUCCCGAGGAACUUCAGCGCACUCGAAGCUGGCACUAUUCCAACUUCACGUUAUUAGCCUUGACUCGGCUCGCUAUGGUAGCUGAGAAAGCAGGAGUAGACCUUUGGCAUUAUCGCGGGCCCCAAGGUCAGGGAAUCUUCAAGGCAAUUGAGUAUCUUUUACCCGCUGCAACUGGCGCCGCAGCGUGGACAUCUAAAGACAUUCAGUUCGAACGAUACGCUGCGGCGGACAUCAUCCGUGCUGCUGCUGAUGCGGGCCACAAAGCAUCGCAACUAGCUAUCGACGCAAUCGAACUACCUCCGGAGGGAGACUUGUGGCCACUGAGGCCUGCGCCGGAACAGCUAGAACCUGUUAAAGUAAAAUCAGGGCAGAUUGCAAAUUGA